AUGGGAUUUUCCAAUCUAGUCGGCAAGUAUCAGCUAAGCAGAACUAUUGGAGAAGGAACAUUUGCGAAGGUUAAGCUGGCUAUAAACACGGCGAAUGGACAACAUGUAGCCAUCAAAAUCAUAGACAAGCAAAUGGUCAUCAAAAACAACUUGAUAAGUCAGGUUUCAAGGGAAAUCAGAACAAUGAAGCUUCUGCAUCACCCCAAUAUAGUCAGGAUAUAUGAGGUAAUAGGUACAAAAACCAAAAUUUACAUUGUUAUGGAGUAUGUUCCAGGGGGGCAACUGUCACAUAAGCUGUCUUACCUGAAAAGGCUAAGUGAAAGUGAUGCAAGAAAAUUCUUCCACCAGCUGAUUGACGCUGUUGAUCAUUGCCACUGGAGAGGGGUUUACCACAGGGAUCUCAAACCAGAGAACUUGCUCUUGGAUAGUAAAGGAAAUCUCAAAGUAUCAGACUUUGGACUUAGUGCAUUGAAAAAGAAACCAGAUUGUUUACUGUCAACUGCAUGCGGCUCUCCAAGCUAUGUAGCACCAGAGCUUCUGAGUGAUAAGAGUUAUGAUGGAGCAGCAGCAGACAUUUGGUCUUGUGGAGUCAUACUUUUCGAACUACUUGCUGGAUAUUUACCCUUUGAUGAUUCAAGCCUUACAAACUUGUACAGAAAGAUAUAUAGAGCAAAAUACGAGUUUCCAGAGUGGUUCACUGACAACCAGAAGCAGCUAAUUUCUAGAUUACUAGACCCCAACCCGGACACUCGAGCUACUAUGGCAGAAAUCAUUGACAACAAAUGGUUUCAGAUGGGCUAUGAACCGACUGAGGAAGUAGAGUUGGUAGAAAGUAUCACUGUCGAUGAUGUUCAUGAAGCAUUCAGCUUGAUUAAGGAAACUGAAACAGAAGUGGGUAUGCCCCGAUCUCCCAGUUUUAUCAAUGCUUUCCAGCUCAUAGCGACGUCGCAUGACCUAGAUUUGUCAGGUCUCUUUGAAGAAAAGGGUAAUGAAAAGCUGAAGAAAAAACUUGGAUCUAGAGGCACAAUCACAGAAACAAUAGAGAAAAUCAAGGCUGCUGCCAAGGAUGUGAGUCUAUCAGUUGAAAGAAUAAAUACCUCAAAGGUAAAAACACUGACUCUUGAAGAUAUUAAAAUGCACCCUUUGAAAAAGAUGACAAGUUCAAGAUCCUGUCUUGACCUAUCAGCCCAGAAUGGUAGACUUAGAUUUACAGUUGGAGGUGUUUCUUUUUCCAAUAGUUUUGUAGUGAUAUUAAAAUCUUUUCAAAUCUUUUCCGAGCUUAGUUUGCAAGAACAGAACGAAACGGUUGUGGAUCAGGGAUGA